CGGCGCGCGUCCGGGCAUGAAGGUGUGCCGGGCCGCACUGGGCCUGCUGCUCCUGGCGCCGUUGGUGGUGCAGGCGGUGGAGCCCAUCAGCCUGGGACUGGCCCUGGCCGGGGUCCUCACCGGCUACAUCUCCUACCCGCGCCUUUACUGCCUCUUCGCCGAGUGCUGCGGGCAGAAGCGGAGCCUCAGUCGGGAAGCACUACAGAAGGAUCUGGACAGCAAGCUCUUUGGACAGCAUCUUGCAAAGAAAGUCAUCUUAAAUGCCGUGUUUGGCUUCCUUAGCAACCCAAAGCCCAAGAAACCUCUCACCCUCUCUCUACAUGGAUGGACUGGCACCGGCAAAAAUUUUGUCAGCAAAAUCAUUGCGGAGAAUAUUUAUGAGGGUGGUCUGAACAGUGACUAUGUCCACCUGUUUGUGGCCACAUUGCACUUUCCACAUGCUUCGAACAUUACCCUGUAUAAGGAUCAGUUACAGCAGUGGAUUCGAGGCAACGUGAGUGCAUGUGCAAGCUCUAUCUUCAUAUUUGAUGAAAUGGAUAAAAUGCAUGCCGGCCUCAUAGAUGCCAUCAAACCUUUCCUAGACUAUUACGACCUGGUAGAUGGGGUCUCUUAUCAGAAAGCCGUCUUCAUAUUUCUCAGCAAUGCUGGAGCAGAAAGAAUCACUGAUGUGGCUUUAGAUUUCUGGAGAAGUGGAAAGCAGAGGGAAGAAAUCAAGCUCAAAGACAUGGAGCAUGCCUUGUCUGUGUCGGUUUUCAAUAACAAGAACAGUGGCUUCUGGCACAGCAGCUUAAUUGACCGGAAUCUCAUUGACUAUUUUGUUCCCUUCCUCCCCCUGGAAUACAAACACCUAAAAAUGUGCAUCCGAGUUGAAAUGCAGUCUAGAGGCUAUGAAAUUGAUGAAGACAUUGUGACCAGAGUGGCUGAGGAGAUGACAUUUUUCCCCAAAGAAGAGAAAGUUUUUUCUGAUAAAGGCUGCAAAACUGUGUUCACCAAGUUAGAUUACUACUACGAUGACUGAUACCCAGGAUUCUGCAUCAUAUUGAAGAAUGAACUCAACACUCAGAGCCUUCCCCACUCUUCUCCCUGGAAGAGGAGUCAGACACAUUGUUCCUGUUUUACAUGACAGGGACUUUUCUGAGCACUAUUAUCACUCAGCAGUCUGCAGGCCAUCGCAGCCUCACGGCCAUUGACAUUGGAGCCACCUGCAGGGUCCUCAGAGGAAGUACCAGCGCCCCGCCCCCUCGUACCAGUGCUUAUGAUUUUUUAAAAAUCAUGUUUUAAUUACAAGUGUUUCUGUUUCAAGGAAGGACAAGUAAGUUUUACAGAAAAUGUGAUAACUAUUUAAAGUGGUUUUUAACAUUAUGAGAAACUUUUCAGA